GUAGCGAAGUGCGCCGCCACGAAAACGAGCCAGCUCGUACCGUUAACCUUUAAAGGCCGGGCCCCCGAAAAGAUGGGCGACGGUAUUUGUUGCCUGUAUCCGUCGCGAGUUUUGAGUGGCAAGGAACCUCACAGACGCAUUCUUGAGACUGCACGCAACACGUUCUUGGAGGACGCGCGCACCAACCAUCCAUGGUACCAGCGCGACACAGAACUCGACGUUGGGAGGUGCGGUGCGCUGUAUGAUAGACGGAGUACCGAGGCAGGAACGUAUUAGUGAAUCGUGCCUUACGGCUGCGGAGCCUUCAACAAAUCGAGUUGACCCUCUGGAACCCUGGUGUCUACACACCUCUUCCGCUAUCACAGAUUACCACGAAGGAAAAUAUUCGUUUCGCAUUCGUUAAUUAUACGCUGCAUCGUUGAACAUGGAUUUCGAGGGUCCCCGACCAAGCCUAUCCGAGGAGGAAAACUCAGACGCAAAGAGCGAGGCAGCGCAAGAGUCUCAUGCAGCUUCGCCAGUAUCUUACGAACCUAAAAUUCGCUGCCGCCUGACCAGAGACCAAAUUACCAGUGAGAGUUCAAACAGCGUUCGCUUCGAAUUCCUCGCAGAGGGUGCCGCCAAUACCGUCUUUCGGGUGGUCCCGUAUUCAUUACAAGAUGGCAAGGAAUCAUUCGUCUUUGAGGAUGACCAGGGCAACAUACUGGCGAAAGAAAAGCUUGCUAAGAACGUCCUCCGAAUGAGCAAAGGCAAACCCAAGACGCUGAAGUACAAGGAAAUCAUGGAGGGCUUCGAGACAGUAGUCAAGCCAUUGUUUCGCAAGACCGAGCCAUCGGAGGAAGGAGCCUCAAGCCGCAGCACUGCCAUCAAGCUUUCGAUCAAUGAGUCUUUCGAGGAAUUCAUCAUGGAUCACGAAGGGGUCGCGAUAACACCCGAAGCCAUUAAAGCACUGCUUGCCGAGAUGCACACGCAUUGCCCCGACAACAGGCAUAUAGAAUCUCAUCACCUAGAGGAGAGGGGCAUCCUGCUGCCAGACAUGUCCUCGGUGCUUGGUUCGGUCACCACCAUCGAGAUUAAGCCCAAGUGGCUACUUCAAUCACCAAACGCACCCCGAGACGCAUAUCUUUGCCGAACUUGCGCGCUCCAGGCCUCGAGGCAAUCCAAGAAAGCCAUCAAAAAAACCUGGAUAUGUCCGCUGGCCCUUGUGGCCGGAAACAAAGCUGCAAUCGAGCCAUACAUACGUCACAGAUCGCUUUCUACGAUGGCGGAGAAACCCGGCCAUCACGUCCUGCACAGACCCUCGAGGGACGAAGAAGCUUUAAAUCAACACUUGGAGGACGAAGUAGAAGCCGUCGUCCAACGCGCGGUCCCAUAUCUCACCACCGGCCCCGGCCACCACAUCCUCCAGCACAUCCGCUACCUCCAAGGCCAACUUGACCCGGCAGGUGUGCUCUCUUGUCCUUUAUCAUCCACUGAGGAGGACCGCCUCCGCCUUGCCAUGACGCUGAGGGACUGCUCGCUGUUCAUCCGCAUCCCGUGGGCCGACCCGAAUGCGCCGAUCGAAGCGAAACUCGGCGAUUUAGAUUUCAAGUCGCGGGGCAAGAAGCAGGAUUGGUCGAUGAAGGAGGAGGGACUGUUGCAUGGGGGGUGGUAUGUGGAUCUGGAGAGCCGAAUGGACGAGUGCUGGAUUGCGCAGGGCUGGAAGAAGUAUGCGCCGCAUUAUUUCUGAGAUUUAGUAUCAUGGGAGAGGAUACGGUGGCGUGUCUAGGCGCGUUUAAUUUGCUGGGGAUAUAUCCAUACGUCGUUAGGUUCCGUAAUGUAGUAAUUAAUGCA